AUGGCGCUGAGUUAUCGUGACCGAGGCAAAUUUAAAGUAUUAGAAUCAGUGAUCUCAAAAUGGAGAUGGAGACCCGCAGCUGAUAGAAACGGCGAAGAGUGGAAGCUGCAAAGGACCCCACGAGGGUUAAGACCCGGGAAGCCGUCGGGCACAUGGCCGGGCCGCCCUCGAAAGUCGGGGGCGGCCAGGAAAAGCUGGGAAAAGUUCAUCACCAAAGGCCUGUGCUACGGGUGCGGUGGUGAUUACAAGUUCCAAGGUGGACUGAAAGUUGAUGUAAAUAGUUCGGAGUAUACGGGUUAUAGAUAUUAUCAUACAAAGCCUGGGUACAGGCUAAGGGCGAACUCGUGUGAGGACACAAGAUUCAUUCACGUUAAUUUUGUUCUUCUUGCUGAGUUCAGGCAUUUUGAGAAGGACCUACAAUCGGAGAUCGAAACGCAUCGCGAUGUCUACGCAUCUCUCACGGGCACCGGCCGAAGACUCUUGGGGUCCCUGUCUUCCCAGGAGGACGCCGUCAUGCUGCAGAGGCGGUUGGACGAGAUGAACCAGAGAUGGCAUCAUUUGAAAGCCAAGAGUAUGGCUAUCAGAAACCGGCUUGAAAGUAAUGCAGAACACUGGUCGGCGCUACUUUUAUCCUUACGUGAACUCACCGAGUGGGUGAUUAGGAAAGAGACCGAAUUGAACGCGCUUGCGCCGCCUAGAGGAGACCUUACAGCUCUGAUUAAGCAACAGGACGACCACCGCGCUUUCAGGCGCCAGCUAGAGGACAAACGACCGGUGGUGGAAAGUAACCUGCUCAGCGGUCGACAGUAUGUCGCCAACGAACCACCUCUGUCCGACACCAGCGAUACUGAGCCGAGCCGUGAAAGCGAGGGUGACUCCCGCGGAUACCGAUCUGCCGAGGAACAGGCUCGCGAACUGGCACGCUCCAUUCGCCGUGAAGUAGCGAAAUUGGCGGACAAGUGGAAUACGCUAGUGGAUCGUAGCGACGCCUGGGGCCGCUGUCUGGACGACGCUGUGCAGCGCGUCCGGCAAUUUACAACGGCUCUAGACGACUUAGCCUCUCGGGUCCAAGCAGCGGAAGCAGCCAGAGCAACAUGGCGGGCACCAGGCGACGCCAGAGAUGCCAGAACGCAGCUGGACGCCGUGACAAGGGCGAGAGCCCAAAUACCGCCUCUGAGGAGACAGGUGGACGAGUUGAGAGCACAAGCGCAGCAGAUGACGCGGGAUAACGUACAGCUACCAGAGCAUUUGGUUGCUAGACUCGAAGACUUGAACACCAGAGUGUCGGCCCUGAGCUCAGGUGGAGAAGAACGAGCUCGCCAGUUGGCUGGCGUCGCCCGUGACGGAGGGGCAGGGGCUGCUCAGAGCUUCCUGGCAGGUUCUGUCCGCCCGCCCUGGGAGCGAGCGGUUACUCCGGCAAACGUACCUUAUUAUAUCAAUCACGAAUUGGAGACUACACAUUGGGACCACCCUAAGAUGAUAGAACUAAUGAACUCGUUGGCGGAUCUCAACGAGGUCAGAUUCUCGGCGUACAGGACGGCGCUGAAAUUAAGGACGGUGCAGAAGGCUUUGUGUAUGCACAUGUUACAACUACCCGCGGCUUUAGAAGCGUUCGACUCGCACGGACUUCGCGCGCAAAACGACCGGUUGAUCGAUAUACCAGACAUGAUCACUGUUCUUACGUCCUUGUACGAGACGAUAGCUGGCGAAAAUCCCAGUCUAGUAAACGUACCCUUAUGCCUCGAUUUAUCGAUCAACUGGUUGCUCAACGUGUAUGACAGUCAGAGGACCGGACAGAUAAGAGUGCUGAGUUUCAAAGUGGGUCUCGUGUUGCUCUGUAAGGGACACUUGGAAGAGAAAUACAGGUAUUUAUUCCGGUUAAUAGCAGACCCAUCUUGCCGAGCUGACCAAAGAAAGCUAGGACUUCUGCUACACGAUUGUAUACAGGUACCGCGUCAGCUAGGUGAAGUGGCAGCCUUCGGAGGGUCAAACAUUGAGCCAUCCGUGAGGAGUUGUUUCGAGCAGGCCUCGACUGCCACUAAGGAAGGCAACAAAGGAAGCACGUUGGAUAGAAAAGCUGUUGCAGGAGACAAAGAAAAAGAGAAAGAAGACAAGGAAAAGACGUUAGAAAGAGACGCAGAUGGCCAAGUCCAGUAUAUCGAGGCGUUCCACUUCCUACAGUGGCUUCAGAAGGAACCGCAAUCCAUGGUCUGGUUGCCUGUGCUGCACCGAUUAGCCGCAGCUGAAAGCGCGAAACACCAGGCGAAGUGCAAUAUUUGCAAGGAAUAUCCCAUUGUUGGGUUUAGGUAUCGUUGCCUAAAGUGUUUCAACUUCGACAUGUGCCAAAAGUGCUUCUUCAGCGGCAAAAAAGCAAAGAACCACAAACUGACUCACCCAAUGCAGGAGUAUUGCACUGCUACGACAUCGGGAGAAGACGUACGUGAUUUCACGAGAGCCCUUCGGAACAAAUUCAAGUCUGCGAGGUAUUUCAAGAAACAUCCGAGAGUCGGCUAUUUGCCCGUUCAAACCGUUCUUGAAGGAGACGCGCUCGAGUCACCAGCGCCUUCGCCUCAACACGGAGCAUCCGGGACGGGAGACGACAUGCACUCCAGGCUCGAACUGUACGCCACUCGCCUGGCUCAGGUUGAACUUGGCGCCAGACCAGCUGAUACUCCUGACAGCGACGAAGAACACCAACUAAUUGCGCAGUAUUGCGCAUCUCUCAACGGCACCAACGAAGGUGAAGAAGCGCCUCGUUCGCCAGUCCAGGUCGUCUCCAUUAUACACCGAGAACAGCGGCACGAGCUUGAAGCCAUGAUCAGAGAACUCGAGGAAGAAAAUGCUAGUCUCCAGGCAGAGUACGAACGACUGAAAGCCAAACAGACACCAGGGUCCACCCCUGAAGAGCAGCUCGCUAUCAACGAAAAUAGGAAUGCACCUGUCGAUCAGGAUAUGAUGGCUGAAGCUCGUCUUCUUCGUCAACACAAAGGGCGAUUGGAAGCUCGAAUGCAAAUCCUAGAAGAGCACAACAGACAGCUAGAAGCGCAGUUGCAAAGACUUCGGCGUCUACUGGACGAGCCAACACAAGGAUCACCCGCGGGCCGCACUGGAACCCUUCAAACGCGGUCGGUGACAGCUUCGCAACUCGCCACAGACUCUCCCGCCAAAAUGCACAACGGUCUAUACCACGAUGCACAUACAAAUGACCUCGGUAAAGCUGUCGAAGAACUAGUAUCAGUUAUGACGGAGGAGCAACAAAACCUGACCAACGCGCCUCCCCAGUACACUAACGGGAAACCGGAGGAAAAGGACAAAUAA